AUGGGAUUCUUUUUGAGGGUGACCUCUGGCAGUGAAGCUGCAGACAGAGACCAGAGCCUCUCUGCAGAGGAGAGGGACAGGAGGCUGGUCGAGGCGGUUGAGCAUGGGGCAGUGGGGGAGCUGAGGGCGCUGAUCGCCGCAGGGGCCGACGUGGGGGCGACGGUGGGGGGGUGGACCGCCCUGCACUGGGCAGCGCGCAGUGGAAACGUCGAGGCGGCGAGGCUGCUGGUGGGGGCGGGUGCGGCGGUGGACGCCAGGACUGAGGGUGGGUGGACGCCGCUGCAUGUUGCGGCAGCCAACGGCCACACACAAGUGGCGGCUGCGCUGCUCGUCGCGGGGGCCGACAGGGGGGCCACAGGUGUUGAUGGGCGGACAGCGCUGGACCUCGCCAGGCGGUGGAACAGGAGGCGGCUGGUGGGGAUGCUGUCAUGA